AUGCGUGGCUACGAAAUCAGUUAUAUUAUGAUGGAUCGUUUACGAGAUACUACGUAUGAUUUUGAAAUCGGCAACACGAUCGCUCAGCGUCAUAAUGCUACCUUCAAACGGAGAGAGGAAUUUGUUUCAGAAACUUGCCUUGACUUUGAGCAAACCCCUGUGUAUUUGGGAGCAUCUCGAUAUAUUCCACUGCCGGAAACGAGUGAAUUAUGUUUCAUGGUACCAAAAAGCGCUGCAAAGUCGGUGUUUUUAGUUUUACUUGAUCCUUUCGAUCGCUACAGUUGGAUCGCGUUCGGACUGACUGUCGUCGCGAUCUCGUUGGUAUUGUAUUGGUUCAGUGAUUCUUCACGACAAAGCAACAUCAUAUUCAUCGUAUUGGAGAUGUUGAUGAUUGUACUGAACGGCCCUACGCAUGAGCUAGUAGAACGAUUUGAACGAUUUGUUGUAGGACUGUUCAUGUUACUCAGCAUAGUAGUGAUUUCCGGCUAUCAGUCACUGGUGAUUUCGUUCAUAUCCUCACCACGCUAUGAUCCACAGUUGGACACAUUCGAUGCCAUUAAUGACACUUGUCUGUUUAUGCACGAUUUAAGUUUGACGAACAUGGGAUACAACUUUAAAAAUAUUCACUAUACGAAGGAAAUCUUUAAAUCAUUUGAGACUAUGUGGAAGGCUAAGUAUUGUGUGAUCAUUACCUGUACCGAGGCAAAGUACAUCAUGGCGCAUAUCGGUGCAGUAGACCGACCCGAAAAAUUAAACUCUGGAACUACAUUAGUAUACAGUCAGCAACAUUGGAAACACAUCAAACAAAGGCUUAAAUACUUCCGCUAUUCGAAGGCUCGUGUCCAUUCAUUGAUGGCUAUGUACCGUGUAGCCGAAGAAUCACCCGUAUACCAUAAUUUAGCUUUCUACACACAGGCGUUUAUCGAAGGACGGUUGGAGUACUUUCCAGUGCUGAAAAAGAGUAUACCUUUACCGCGAGAUAUUUUGGAAGACACUGUAAAGUCGAUUAGUGUGAGACAGACGAACUUGGAGGAUUUGCUGAUCGCCUGGUUGCUUUACUGCUUAGGCAUAAUCCUAAGUGUGGUGAGCUUUAUUGUAGAGGAAGUUACGUUGUGCAAAAGAAAAAUCAAACACAGAAUAUUUGAAGGUUUUACUAAAGCAAAUAGUUGUAUAAAAUUGGUUAUUGCUCGAGUUAUGGCUAAGCUUAGAUUUGUGAAGAAGUAA